GAUGAGUCAUACACACUCGCCUUAACGUGACAAGCAAUUUUUAAAGAUAAUUUUCCUUAUUAUCAGCAGUUAGUCCUUAAUGCAACAUUGAGCGCUGAUGUUGUAUCAAAAUAUAUUAAAACAAAUUAUUUUAUUAUUUAUUACACAACGUGACACCUACAAAUGUUUUAGGAAAUGGCUCCUGUAGUGGCACAAACGAAUUUCAGUGACUUUUUUGGCGGAAAAGCGCCACCAAGAUUUAUUUUCGAAGAUGAACAGUGCGUUGUAUUUGACGAAGAAUUAAGUCCGCAGGCGCCGGUGCACUUCGUGAUUGUUCCACGGAAGAUCAUUCCAAGACUGUGUCAUGUGACAGACGAUGAAGAGCAGUUAUUAGGACAUAUGUUAUUAGUAGCUCGCACCAUAGCAUUACAAAGGGGGUUGGAUAGAAGCGGCUACCAUGUCAUAGUGGACGAGGAUCACAGGGCAGUGAGGCUUCGUGGAAUUCAUGUCUUUGGUAGAGCCUUGCAUCAUAUGUUAUGGCCUGUUGGACCGGGGGCUAAGCUUUAGAUGUAAAUCGGAUUACUUAGGCUAAAUAAGUAAUUAAUGUAACUGAGGGCAAAAAAACACCACAUAUGAAUCAAUUAAUCUAAAAAACAAUAUUGCUGUAAAUUUUACAUCUGUUAACAUUGCGCACUUACACGCAAAUGUCAAAUCACAAUAUUGCUUUUUAGACGAAUUGCUUUAUUAUGGCCUUUUUAAGCCCCAAGUAGUAAGUAAGUGUAAUAUGUUAAUUAAAAGUGCUUGGUUGCACCUUUGUAGCGCCAUUAAGAUAAUAUUUGUUUGUCAUGAAUGCAGUGUGAAAGAUUAUAACAAAAAUUUUUAAUUGCAAAUAUAUUUAAUUACAAACUUG